GUGGAUUUGUGAGUGGUUACGGGGAAGAGGCGCGGGCACGGAGUGGAAGGAAGCAGAGUUCUGGAAAAAUUAUGGCGAUGGCCACUCCAAAGACCCAGCCGCGGACAAGUAGCAGGAGCGCCGCUAGCACGCCGCUCAGUCCGACCCGCAUCUCCCGGCUGCAGGAGAAGGAGGAAUUGAGGAACCUCAAUGACCGGCUCGCCGUCUACAUUGAGAAGGUGCGCUCGCUGGAGACGGAGAACAGCGCCCUGCAGCUGCAGAUCUCCGAGAAGGAGGAGGUGACCACCCGGGAGCUGAGCGGCCUCAAGAGCCUGUACGAGAAUGAGCUGGCGGACGCCCGCAAAUCCCUGGACGAGACGGCGAAGGAUCGGGCGCGACUGCAGAUUGAACUGGGAAAGCUUCGCGGUGACCACGAUAGCCUGUUACAAACUUUUGCCAAGAAAGAAUCUGAUCUACAUGCAGCCCAGGUUCAUGUUAAAGAUCUUGAAAGUGCACUUCAUGCCAAGGAAGCUAGCCUCGCCACAGCACUGGGUGGAAAAGAGGCCCUUGAGGAAGAAGUUGAGGAUUUGCAGGCACGUCUUUCAAAGCUGGAAGUUUCUUUAGCUGCUGUGAAGAAACAACUUGAAGAUGAAACCCUCUUGCGAGUGGACCUUGAGAACCGUUGUCAGAGCCUCACGGAAGAACUUGAGUUCAGAAAAAAUGUAUAUGAGGAGGAAAUCAAAGAAACUAAAAAGAGACAUGAGACCCGUCUGGUUGAGGUGGAUACAGGUCGCUUGGUUGAAUAUGAGCAUAAACUGGCCCAAGCUCUACAGGAAUUAAGGGAACAACAUGAUCAACAAGUGAAAAUCUAUAAAGAAGAACUGGAGAAAAAUUUCCACAACAAGCUUGAAAAUUCAAAGCUUGCAUUGGAGAUGAACACCAAGUCGGCCAAGGCAGCUGAAGAGGAGCUAAAAGAAAAUUACAUGAGGAUAGAGAACCUCAGCACUCAGUUGUUAAACUUGCAAAAAAAUGCAAAAGUUUGGCAGGAAAGAGUCCAGGAGUUGGAAGAAUCUCUGGAAAAAGAAAAAGAUGGAAAUCGGAGGAUCCUGACCGAAAAGGAGAAAGAAAUGGCUGAGAUCAGAGCGCAGAUGCAGCAACAGCUAAAUGAAUAUGAAGAUCUCUUGGAUGUCAAGUUAGCUUUGGAUAUGGAAAUUAGUGCAUACAGGAAACUAUUGGAGGGUGAAGAGGAGAGAUUGAAGCUGUCGCCAAGUCCAUCUUCACGAGUGACUGUUUCUCGUGCCACAUCAAGCCGCAGUGUCCGCACAGCUCGAGGAAAGAGAAAGCGUGUUGAUGUUGAAGAGUCUGAGGCCAGCAGUAGUGUUAGCAUUUGCCAUCAUGCUUCUGCCACUGGGAAUAUUGUCAUAGAGGAAUUGGAUGUAGAUGGCAAAUUUAUACGCCUUAAGAACAAUUCUGAACAGGAUCAACAUAUGGGUGGCUGGGAGCUGAUCAGAAAAAUUGGUGAUGCAACUGCCUCUUACAAGUUUACCACCAAGUAUGUGUUGAAGGCUGGACAAACCACUACUAUCUGGGCUGCUGAUGCUGGUGUAGCAUCUACUCCACCAAGCAAUCUGAUCUGGAAGAAUCAAAAAGCUUGGGGCACUGGGGCAGAUGUGAAAGUAACUCUCAAGAAUUCUCAGGGAGAGGAAAUGGCUGAGAGAACCACAAUCUUUACCACCACUCCGCCAGAGGAGGAGGAGGAAGAAGUUGAGAUUAAAGAUGAAGAUCUUUUCCAUCAACAAGGAGAUCCAAGAGCAGCUAACAGGAGCUGUGCAAUAAUGUGAUCAUCUUCCAAGACCAUUUCUUCAAAAACUUAUUACUGCCUAUGUUAAACUUUUAAUAUUUAGAAAUUCAAAAUAUUUUUGUAUUUCAGUAAUUUGUAUUUUAGAUAUUUUGUUAAUUUCUUUUUGUACACAUGACAUGGUUCAGGACUUUUUUUAUACUAUUACUGAGCAUUUUUAGAACAUUGCAAGGACUAGAAUUUAACAAAACUUAAUGUGAAUGACUUUUUAAAACUACAGAAGAUGUUUAUCUGAACCUGAUUACAGAUGAAACCAAUGAAAAGUAAUUUGGGUAUUUGCAAAAACCAGAGUUAUUUUGGGCAGCUUGCAAAUGUUACUGGACCUUGAAUUAAAAUCUGCAGCAGGAAAGGGGUGAAUAGGCAUUUUUGGUAAAGACUUGUAAAUUUAUAAAUAGAACAGCACUGAGCUUAAUCUUAAUGUCUUUUUUUAAUUGUUAAUGCCAGGUUGGCCAAAAUGUACCACCAAAACUGGGAUGAAAAUUUGUUUUGUAGUGUUCCCUUUUAGUGGAGGGGAAUAUGGUAUGCUUGAAUGCAGAGGUUUUAACGUAGUGGUGGCCUACUUGAAUUUUCAUGGCAAAUAUAAAUAAAACAUGUUAUUUUCUGGAGUUGAAUCUGGAUUUUUAAACUUAAAGGCAUAUCAACAUUGUUCUGACUAAAAUCGGCACUGUACUACCAUCACCAGUGCCUUGAGUGUUUCUAAACUUGAAUAUGGCCUUAAUGGUAUUUGCAGCUUUCUCUUCUCCACUUUCGUUCUGGUUUUCAAUAUUUAUGAUAGUAGGCUCUGCAGGUUAAGUACAUUGAUA